UUAUCAAAAGAGCGUCACGAUAUUUUACGUCAUAUCUAUAGCGCGCGAUAUCAUGUCUCGUUCACGAGACAUACCACCAGAACUUAUUCAAUCCACUGUCGUCUGUGGGAGCGUUUGCAAACAUCAUUCCGUGCAGUAUUGAGCUGAGAUUGUUCAAGCAGGCUCGGAAGAUCAGCAUCAUCAUGGUCAAUAUCCGACCCCUAUCAAGUUCACUCACCACAAAGGCCAGAGAUGAAUUAAAUGAGAAACCCGAACGCAUAAAUGAGGAUUUGAACGUUCUUCGUCAAUGGAUUGCAAAAAGUCCUCAUCUUCGAUCGCGAAUCGACGAUCAAUUUUUGAUAGCAUUCCUUCGAGGAUGCAAAUACAGUUUAGAACGAGCAAAGGAGAAGCUGGAUAUGUUCUAUACAGUUCGGACAAUGUCACCGGAGCUGAUCAGAACACGAGAUCCGGAAAACCCCAGGACCCGGGCAAUCAUACGCCUUGGUGUUGGAGUUCCUCUACCAUACACAGAAACCCCGGAUUCGCCUAGAAUUAUUUUGGUUCGACCAGCUGCCUACGAUCCGGCACAGUUCAGCAUAGAAGAAGUGAUCAGAGUGAGCACCAUGGCCAACGACAUAAUGAUGAUCGAAGACGACAACUUUGUGAUUGGUGGACAGAUUGGAAUUUUGGACCUCGCAAACGUUAGCAUGGCCCAUUUUCUUCAAUUCUCGCCUACAUUUGUCAAGAAAAUGACCAUGAUGAGUCAGGAAGCCUCUCCAUUCCGACAGAAAGGAUUCCACUACGUCAAUACUCCUAAUGGGUUCGAGAUGGUGUUCAAUAUGUUUAGGAGUUUCAUGAGCGAAAAAAAUAAGUCAAGACUUUAUGUUCACGGACAUGACCUAGAAUCAUUGUAUCGACACGUGCCCAAGAGACUUCUUCCCGCUGAGUAUGGAGGCGAUGCAGGAUCACUUAAGGACAUUAUUGCAAACUGGGAAAAGAAAAUUGUUUCCUAUCGAGAUUACUUCUUGGAAGAAGACCAGUAUGGAACCGAUGAAAAGAAGCGACCAGGACGACCAAAGAAUGCUGAAAGUUUGUUUGGUGUGGAAGGAUCAUUUCGGCAAUUGCAAGUAGAUUAAUCCAGCUUGAGACAAUUAUUUUUAUGAUAAAAAUUUGAUAUUCAAAUAAAUCCGACUGAUUGUAGCUUGUUUUGCUUAUCCUGAAACUGAUCGGCUAUAAUCAAGUUGCAGCUGUACAAAGA